AUGAGAAACGGUAUUUUGAAGUACGACAGGUGGGAGGAUCUCGUUUGGGUCUACAAUGGGAUCCACUCCAACAUGCGGACUCCGCUUACGGGGUCGAUCGUCGGCAUAUCCGCCGAGGAUAACUCCGUUAAGUACAACCACUGGGGGAUGCAGAACGGCGGUCACUAUGGAGCGGGCAAGGGGUAUCAAUACAACGAGUACUGCGGCUGUUACAUGUGCACUGUGAACGCAAUACAGCCGUACGAAACGGGCCUAAUAGUGUCCAACGCGAAGGGAGUGGAGUUGGUUAACAGGGAUGGAGGUAGACGGAUGAGGCUUACAUCCGAAAGGGCUGAAUCGCAAAUCUCCAAUCAAGGGGCUGCACACAUCGUGUGCUCGCUUCUAAAUUGCACGCCUAACAACACCAACAUAUGGUUGGCUACAAAUGCAGAGGACCUUUUCUCCGUCGAUGCCCUCACGGGCCAAAUAUCCGGAACCAUGAAACUAUCGAAUGCGCCGAUGAGCGUGCCGGAUUCAGUGGACCAGAUCACGGCAGUGGCAAAUUUAAACGGUGACAAUUCCGCCAGUUCGUGUAUAAUGUCAUACCACCAGCAGUACGACGUACCGCAUGGCCAUGACGCCGAACAACCAGCAGAGUUCUACCCGCAAAACGAAGCUUACAAUGCAAGCGCAUCAUCUUUGGAGAGUAUCGCCAGGAAAUACGGAAGUUUUGAGGCGAUACCGGAGUUCAUCCCGUCAUCGGGACGGGUAGAUCGGCCCAAGAAGCUGUUCACGAAACAUAAGAUGCCGCAAGAGAAGACGUCGGGGGCCAUUGCGCUUGGAUAUGCGAUACAGUCGCAGAAUUAUGCGGCUGCAGAAAAGGCAUAUCCCGACACCAUUUGUGUGGGGAUGCUCUCAGGCCUCCUGCACGUUGUGGACCACAGGAUGCAAAAGGUGGCGCACACCGUGGAGGCACACUCUAACGCAGUUGGAAGCAUAUCGGCGUACGGAAACUAUGUGGUCACCACUGGGUGCUACUUAUAUGGUAACACUCCCAUCUAUGAACCGUUGUUGCAGGUGCAUGAUCUGAGGAUGGGCAAUACCGGCUCCAUCUGGGUUGGCAGCCCGAUAAAGGCGACGGCCGUGGUUCCCAGCAGCAACAAGGUUGUCGCGCUCAGGGAUGAUGGCGGGUUCUUCGAGUGCGACCUAACUACUAUGGAGUUCGUGAAGUACCCAAGGUUGAACGAUGGGCAUUCGUGGAUCUACCACGAUAUCGAUGUAAGCGUUGACAUAAGUAAGGGGGUGUACCGGGUGUUUAUGGCGGAUGAGGUCUAUGCAGUCAACAGUAUAGAACUCCCGAACGAAGUUGGUGCGGCCUACGAAAUGGAUCCGGCAAAUCUGAAGCCCAUCUUCCAAAAAAUAAAAGAUCAGAACAAAUACUCCAACACCACGCAUUUUGCUUCCAUGAUAGGAACGUUUCACGGCGACCUGGUUCAGGUGUUCGUGCAAGUGUUCUUCUUCCUAGAAAGGCUCACCUCCAUACGGUAUCAUAGCUGCGAAGUGGAGCACUGCCUAACGUGCCAAGUCGGGUUUGCGAUGCACAUGUUACAUGUGGCGCAUGAAAACAUGAAGCAGGGGAUUGUGGAGGAAGAAUGCAAAUUUACGCCUGCCAAAAGAUCCGAGUUACGCGCGACGCAGCUCCAGGAACUCAUGCCGGUGGACAGAUCGGAGACUUCCGCGUCCUCCAUCCAGCGGUUGCUGCUCUGGAUCAUUGAAAAAAUGAAUUCUGAGCUCGACACGUACUACGGCAGAGACGAACGUGGUUAUGCAUCUAAUGAAGUACAGCUAAUCAAAAAUGUCUUCGGGUUUUCGAAAACGGUGGACUCAAAAUGUGCAAACGGACAUCGCACCACAAAGACGCUGGAAAAUGAAUUCUGCUUGGACUACACCCUAUUCGUCUCCGGACAGGCGGACGAUGAGGAGAUUGUGUCAUACUGCACUGAGUGCAAAAAGCUUGUCCGCACCAAGUACCACACCGAAGUCAGCAAAACGCCGAACUUUAUGAUAGUGCACUGCAACCAAGAUCAGCAAGGGGAGCAGGUGACGCGAAUCGAUGAGCACGUCACCUUCAAGGAUGACGCAUACGAGCUCAUAAGCGUCCUUUUCUCCGUGCCGCCCGAGGACUCAAGCUACCGACUACUGGCGUACAUCAGAGUGCCGCAGACCAUGAAGGACAAACAAGAAUGGAUCCUUAUCAACGAUGGCUACGUAUGCGAGCUCGCCGAGGAGGACCUCGAACAGAUGCUGGAUUUCUCCGCGCCCUGGAAGCGACCGAUCACCCUGAUAUACCGCAAGAAAGCUUUAGGCGCAAUCAAGGACAUAGACCCGGCAGCAAACGCGGAGAUGACCGUUGUGAACAUCAACGGUCGCAUUGUGCCGCUGCCGAUACCAAGCACUAAGGUGCCGAUCCCGGCGUCUAUUUUCAUCUCCGAGUCCAACAUCGCUCACAACCCAAGGGCACACGAUAAAUAUCGCACUUUUGUGCCACUGUCGGUCAACGAGCUGCUGUCGCUGCACCUAAGGGAAUUCAUCGUCGCCCUGGACAUCGAAGGGGUCGAAACUGGAAAUGAAAGUUUGGGGCUCACGAGCCAUCGCUCAUUACCGGACGACAAUGCAGUUUCAAACGCGAGUUUACAGCAGAAGAAAAGUUUCUUGUACUCGGCCAAAGAGGAUGGAGACCAAAAUCUAGCAUCAAUUGCCAGGGUCAGCGCCGUUAGGGGCUCGGGAGAGGCAUCUGGCGUCCCGUUCUUGGACCACUACAUUCAUCGGAGAAAACCGCCAAAGGACUACCUCACGAGGUUCUCUGGCAUCCACCACGGUGAUCUGGACUUGAAGUCCUCGGUACACUGGCUGACAACACGGAAGGCCAUAUACAUGAAGAUCAGGUACCUCAUUGACGCCGGGUGCAAGAUACUGGGGCACGGUCUGGAGCAGGAUUUCAAAAUGCUCAACAUCGUCGUCCCGCACGGCCAAGUAAUCGAUACGGUGGAGCUGUUCAGGCUGCCAAGAAGAAGAUACAUAUCGCUACAGUAUUUGGCUGCAUACAUACUCCACCAGCAAAUACAGCGCGGCGAGCACGACUCCGUGGAGGACGCUAAAGCCGCACUGAACCUCUACAGGAAAUAUUUGUUGUACGAUCGCAACGGCGAACUGCCAGCCAUGCUAGCGGAACUUUAUGACGUCGGUUACAAGACGAACUGGGUGGUAACCGACCUAGAGCCUCCCCAAAGGGGGCCCGUACGGCACGUGAGGCGAAUGUAG